AUGUGUCUCAUGGAGUUGAUCUUCAAAGACAGUGUUCAGAUACUGAUCAUAAGUGCAGCUGCUCGGGGGGACACUGCACUGAGAUCAGCUCACAUCAACAAACACAUUCUACAGAUCAGAGGUUUGUCAGGAUGUCUUCACGGUGGAUCAGGUUCGGUGCCACGUGGUGAAUUCAGCGCUCACUUUGCCAGCAGCCGAGGAACAGGAUUCAUCAGAGCAGAAGAGGCGGCGGGCAUCGCUUUAUUAGCUGUAAUCCUCACAGCUCUGCUCAUUCUGGGCUGCUGGUAUUACCGCAAACGCAGCGGGUACAAAACCAUCCGGAACGGCCGUGAUGGCGGACAGACCUGGAGAGAGAUGAUGCCAUCGGGUCAGUACGGUGAACCAGGAUCAGGAGAGGAAAACAAAGUGGCCUGGAAUGAACUUACCAACCUCCAACCAGCGAUCCCUAACGCACCUCCAGCCUAUGAGAAGAUCAUUUCUGGACCUUCACCGCCUCCAUAUUCACCAUAAAUCUAACGAGUUCUGCCAUGUUUAAUAUGUGGGAGAAAUGUUCCUGCUCAUCUGUUACAAGCCAAAACUAAAGGACUGUAAAGAACCUUUUAAAUGUACUGAAUGUAUCGAUUUAGUUUAGUCAGUGAGUUAUGGUUAUACAUCUGUUAUAUUUACUCUCCAUUUAACCAUUUAUAUAAACACGUUGUUAUAGUAAUAGGUAAUAUAUAGUAUAUUUAGUAAUAGUUUCCCCAACUUAUAUAACUUUAUAUAGAAUAAAUGCCAUUCCAGCAUGUAUGUCUCACAAAUGGAAGAUGAACAACAAUGUAAACAACAUUGAUACAAAUAAAUGGUAUAUGG